AUGCAUCCUAGUAGCAGUCCCCGUACUUCCAAUGGUGGCGCUUCUCAUCAUGAUUCCCCUGACACCAAACUCACCACGUAUUCUCCGGAGGACCUGCGAUCGAAAGGUGUCUCGGGGCCUACAGCCUGCAGUGCAUCGAGCGAGGACGAGCUAAGGGAAUUCUAUGCAGCACUUGGUCCAGACCCUUUCAUCGCUCCCCCCACGGGCCAUGGUCGCGUGCAGCUAUCUCCUACGGCCUCAAGUUUCACUCCCCUUGGUCCUGCCAGUGGGAAUGAUCAACCUUCUGCCCGACUGCUCAAGUCCAUUGGAUCUGGAGUGAGAUACCUGGCAGCCAAUUCGGAGCCGGACCACGGCCUGCUGCGUAAAGGUAAUGAGAGGCUUCCAGAUCAGAUCAUCUCCGACUUUGGUCCUAUUGGAAAAGCGAAAACUGGCAAUGAGCAUAACCAUUCUUCGCCCAUUAUUAUUGGUCAGUUUGACCAGGAGAGACGUAGCCGCGCAUUCGUUAUUGAAGACGUUCCAACUGGCUUGUCUUACUUAACCCUUGCUGGCUUUUUCAGUCGUCGUGAAUUCAGAACCCUCAAGGGUCCGGUACUCUCAGAGCUACGGUCGAAGGGUAGGAUUUCCGUUGCAUUCACGGAUAGCCGCGAAGCGCAAACCGCGAUGAACAAGAUACAUCAUCUCCGGCCUGAGUGGCGUAUUCAUCCGCUCACUGCGAAGGAGUACGCUCAGCGGCACGAGAUGUCUCUUUCGAACCAGGUCUCCGAUUUCGAGGGUCAGAUCUUCGUCUCUGUGUAUUAUGAUAGCCGAGACCCCAAUCUUCAUGAGCAGGGUGUCGCUCAAUCACUUAAAGAUCUGGCUGAGACUUUUGGUGACCUGAAACUAUUCCACGCUGUGCCCACAGGCCAGGAUAAUGUUAGCGACUUCCUCAUCGAGUUCUUUGACACACGAGAUUCAGAGAACGCAGUGGUGACCCUAAAUGGGACAUCUGUCAAUAGUUGUUUAUUGGAGGUCAAGUUCUACAAACCAGAUGUCAACGAUAGUUCUAGUCGGAACUCGGUUGCGACCCCAAUGAGGCAGAUAUCUCCCCUUCGAGGGACUGCAGGAAACCACCUGUAUCCUUCCAGUACUAUGGGCUCCCUUAGCAGAGUAUCGCACAGCCCUUACUUCGAAUUGAGCCCUACUGGGCGCUCUACAGUACCACGCGGAGAACGAGCUGGUCUGAUGGAAUGGACCCGAUUUGAAGAGCGCAAUGUCUAUCCUCCCCGGGCCGAGAUUUCCCGUUACUCUGACCCUCGUUCUACAAAUCAGAACUUUGUUGAUGUGGAAAGAAUUCGAUGUGGACUUGAUGUCCGUACAACGAUCAUGCUUCGUAAUAUCCCCAACAAGAUUGACCAGGCUAUGUUGAAAGAAAUUGUCGACGAAACAAGCCGUGGGAAAUAUGACUUUAUGUAUCUACGUAUUGAUUUCGCGAAUAAUUGCAAUGUCGGUUAUGCAUUCAUCAACUUCGAAGAUCCAAUUGAUAUUAUUGAUUUCGUAAAUGCACGAUCUGGCCGUAACUGGAACUGUUUCAACAGUGAUAAAGUUGCGGAGAUAUCAUACGCCACGAUCCAAGGCAAAGACUGCUUAGUGCAAAAAUUUCGCAAUAGCUCCGUGAUGCUAGAGCAUCCGUCUUUCCGUCCCAAGAUCUUCCAUACCGGUACUGGCCCUCUCGCUGGGACUGAGGAUCGAUUCCCGGGACCAGAUAACCCUUCGAAGAUGCGCCGCAGCGUCGAGAAUGCGGAGCAUGUCGGUUUAUUCGCACCGCGUGUCGGCCAGCAGUAUCGUGAUGAGCAGCGCCGCCGCCGUUCACAGUAUGACCGUGGAACAACUGCCGCUGAACGUGAAAUUGUCUAUGUUCGGACCUGCACCCCAAGGCGCACCCCUGCGAUGAUGAGCGGACCAAGGAGCGCUCCCUUAACCCUCCCUGUCUUCAAACCAUGGUACGAAUCUCAGUCCUCUCCCCGGGGACCUAAGACUUCUUGAAGAUCGAGUCACAUGUCCAUGUACCCUGCAGCGAUGUCGCUAUUUUUUGCGCCGCUUGUUGAAUACUCUAAGUUGUUGAGAAGCCUUGAGGUGUUUCUCCGAGUUACCUUCUACAUCCCUUCAGUCCAUUCUGUGAUGUUUUCUGCAGUCCGUUGGUUUUCGAGGAACCCCUAACCGAAAAAAAGGAAAGAGGAAGAAGCGAAGGAAGAAAAAGGAAAACUUUGUUAGGCCCUUUUUGGAGCUCUGCUGCGGCAUCUCCAAGACUCUAGGCGUCAUGGAUGGACAUAUCUUGUUUGGGUGUUAAGUAGCUCUUCCUCGGCUCGCGCGCUGUGGAGUAUUCCUUCGGUAAUAACAGCUGAUUUCGAUGAUUUGUAAUGACACAUGACAGUAAGCUUAUAAUUACAUGCUGUAGACUCGUAUAAAUACUG